CGGGUGUCCGGAAGCGGAAGUGAUGCCCGGCAGGUAAACUCGGGGCGAGGACGGGGCCCGCGGCGAUGCAGAUGCUGUGGGGGCGCGCGCCCAUGUGGGGCCUAGUGCUGGUGUUGUGCCAGCUGAGCCCAGCGGCGCGGGCGGUCGAGCCCAUCAGCCUGGGCCUGGCGCUGGCCGGCGCCGCAGCCUCGGCUCUCACCGGCUUCAUAUCCUACCCGCGUCUUUACUGCUAUUUCACCGAGUGCUGCUUGCAGAGGCCCGGGGCGCGAGCUGGAGCAGUGCUUGAGGAGGAGUUGGACAAGAAGCUCUUUGGGCAGCAUCUGGUGAAAAAGGUGGUUGUGAAAGCCGUCACUGGCUUUUUGAAUAAUGCGAAUCCGAAGAAGCCGCUGACCCUCUCCUUGCAUGGCUGGACGGGCACAGGCAAGAACUUUGUCAGCAAGAUCAUUGCAGAGAGCAUCUACGAAGGAGGCCUCAACAGCAAAUAUGUCCAUAAUUUUGUUUCCACUUUGCACUUUCCUCAUCGGCAGAACAUCACCCAGUACAAGGACCAGUUGCAAAUGUGGGUUCGGGGCAAUGUCACUGCCUGCGCGAGGUCCAUCUUCAUUUUUGACGAGAUGGAUAAAAUGCACGCAGGACUCAUUGAUUCCAUCAAACCUUUCCUGGACUAUUAUGAGCAGCUGGAUGGUGUGUCUUACCGGAAAGCCAUCUUCAUCUUCCUCAGCAAUGCAGGGGCUGAAAAAAUAACGGAAGUGGCGUUGGACUUUUGGAGGAGUGGAAAGAGACGGGAGGACCUGGGACUGCGAGAUCUGGAGUCUUCGGUGUCUGUGUCUGUUUUCAAUAACAAAAACAGUGGCUUUUGGCACAGCAGCCUCAUCGACAGGAACCUCAUUGAUUACUUCAUCCCUUUCCUUCCCCUGGAGUACAAGCAUGUGAAAAUGUGCAUCAGAGUUGAACUUGAGUCUCGGGGCUACGAGAUAGAUGAAGAAAUCGUGACCCAAGUAGCAGAUGAGAUGACCUAUUUCCCAAAGGAGGAGCGGAUCUAUUCUGAUAAAGGAUGCAAAACUGUAUACACAAAGUUGGAUUUUUACUUGUGAUAUUUUUAUGAUCUCGUCCUCAAUGAAGAAAACGAACCCAAGUGCAGAAUUUGAAGGAUUUCCCCCUCCCCUCACCCACCAUGUUUAAAAAGGGUUUGAAACAAUGUAAAUAGACAGUAUCAUUUGUUCUUAAUUUAAGCAGGGGGUGGGAGUGGGUGACCCUAAUUGCAAAAUAACCUCAGCCUGGUGGCCUCAAGUGUGAGAACUCUCGGUGUCUCAGUCCACCCACUCCUGAGCAUUGUCUUAACAGUGCCUAUAUACUGUGAAGCCAUUCAGAUGGUUGCUUUCUUUGAGCAGUCGUCUGUCUGCUAGGCUGGGGCCUCGUGAUUAGGUGUCCAGUUGAUAAGAAAGCAGAGGCAUUCUGCACUGGGGACUUAAAGCAACGAUUGUGUGAUUCCUCUGAAGAAAUGAAGGCAAUGCUCUCCAGCCUAUUAGGCCUAUGGGGUGUUUUUAUAUGAAACCAAACUUGUGGAUUCUUUUGGUUGAUAUUUCAAGAUAGUAACUAUCCGCAGAUUUCAAACUGCUGGGGAAUGUGAGGGAGUCCCUUUGGAUUUGAUCAAAGGAUUCUUCAGGAACCCCUUACUAGCAGAAGAGGAGGGGGUCCCCUUUUCCACCAGCAUGCACCUUACUGGCAAUCUGAUCCCCUCUCUCCAGUGUACAGCCCUGCAAAAUUCUGGGGUGGUUUCCAGAAUACCCCUGUCAUUUAAUGUAACAGGGAGACCUAGCCAGGAUCCUCGUCUCCACUGGGAUGACUCUUCCAGAAUGCUCUUGAGUGCACAGUGGCUGUAUGGGGGUCAGGUCGGGGCUUCCCACCAAAACACGUACCUGAAGGUAGGAUACUUAAGACCACCACUUACAAUUGCAGGAUCAUGAUUGAGGACCCUAACAGUGAAGCCGAGCUAUCCUUCUCCACCAGUAUUUCAAGCGCAGAUGAUUAAGAACGGUCUUCGACAGUCAAUCAGACAGCCAUUGAAGCCUCGGUCUUCUCUCCUGUGGAGUUCUAAGUGAGCAGUUCCUGUGUGCCUGGUUCAUGUCUAUCUUACGUUUCCUGGUGAAGAGAGGCAGGGAACGGGGGAGCUGGAUGACUUUUAAGAGAACUGAAAGCAUUUCUGGGAAGAUUUGUACACUUUCCCAGUUGGUGGUGACAGUCUUGGCGGGCAGUCCCGGGCACCAAACCCAUAUGGGAUUUUGCAAUAAGACUGUGUGUGGCACACGGGCUUUGUCCUAGGGAGGGGCAGUAAAAAGCAAAAUAAAUUUGGCUACAGAGGAAAAGCGCUUUAGGUGCUGCUUUCCUGGAGAUCUACACAUUAUGGUAAAUCAACCUCUUUGUUAUCUUCCAGUGAACUCUGCAUAACCACGUUCCAAGUUGCUUUUUGCUGGUCUGAAGCUGUUUAAGGGGCUGUUUUCUGCCAAUAGGCUGCUCUAAGGGUGGGCUUGUGCCUCUGCCUGGCAGCAUCUGCGGAACGCCUCCUGGCGCAGGCCUUGGACUUUCUCAAGAAUAACCCCCAUGAUACAGAUUGGCCGCCUGGAGGAGAUCAGCAGGGUUUUCUACUUUUGCUUUUUGAGAUAAGGUGCAAAGCAGCAUUCAGAUGGACUCUUUGGGUGGCAAUCAGUGAUCUACCGGGGCUUGUAUCCUAUUUGUGUGUUGUAAAAAGGUAGAUAUGUAUCCUUUUUACCUUAAUGUUGUUAGCUACCACCUGGCUUUGUGGGAGGAAGCAUGGAGUAUGUUUGGCUAAAUAAAAAUGGCAAAAACUGUGGGGUCGCUGUGCAGUAAGCAGCAGCGUGUAUAGUUCUCUGUUCUCCCUUCACUAACAAGCACAACUGACCCUGUGUCCGGCUGUCACUAUGGGCAGGACUGCUGCUGCUGGCAAGGAUGGGAAAACGCCUAUCAAGACAUGGAGGCCGCUAUGCAGGGCUGCCCCAGAACCACCUCUUCCUGUGCAGCUCCAGAAAGGUUCAGGCAGGUUGUAUUCCGUGCGCCUCUGCAGGAUGUGACAUUUGGGCAGCAGAGGUCAGGUAAUUGGCCAUGGAGAUAAGCUCCAGGGAACACACUGGGAACUCUGUUUUUUGGGGGCAGAUGUAGUACUACAUUUCCCCUGUUGAAACCCCGCCCCUCACUCACAGCUGUGGUUGGGAGCUGGCCAAAAAAGAUGCCCCUUUUCUCUGUGGUGAUGGUGGAGGGAAGUGCUGCCAAGUCAUAGCUAACUUACAGUGACCCUUCACAGGGUUUUCAAGGCACAAGAUGUUGAGAGCCAUUUCCUGCCUCUGUGUGGCAAUCCUGGACUUCCCUGGAGAUCUAGCCAGGGCUGACUCUCUGUAGCUUACAAGUUUUAGUGAUAUUGGGCUAGGCUGGACCACCCAGGUCCCCCUGUCAGGCCUAAAAUCAAGUAUGGGGUGCAGAUUCAAGCGCAAAAACCCUUUAAGGGACUCUUCCCCCUCCCCCCCAAUAUCAAUGUGAUGAAGGAAUGAAAUAGAAUGACUUUGCAGAUCGCAGCUCUAGUACGGUCAUGCACAAUGAUCAUGGUGCCAGUUUUUGUUUAAUUGUAAUGGUUUGUAAAUCUCCAAAUAAAUUUCGGUUGGCUAAAUAGCCACGUGCUUGUUGUCA